AGCAAAGCAAGCAAAGCACUUCAUCACCGGAUGUGACGUAACAAGCACAUCCGGCACAACAUUAGCGGUUUGCGAACAUUUCUGUUUGGUGUACGCACGCCGUCUUGUAAAUGUCAGUUUUUUCGCGUAAAUGCAAAGUUUGUGAAGAUAAACUGACGCCCGCGUAGCGUUCACGAACUCGUAACAGCUCUACGACGUUGUUCGGUGUCACUUUGAUAGCUUUGCAUGAUUUGUGAAGAUGUGAACUUGACAGUGUAAAAAAUGUCUAUUAGCGGUGAAAAGGCUUAGGUGGUGACUUUUAAGUUUCGAGCUUCAUCAACGAAUGACUCUCGUUCCGUGACCUUCGCUACCCUGUCCUGCAUCGGGUAAAGAAAAAGAUGGACACAGAGGCGCCUGCAAUGGCCACCUCCAAUGGCGAGUCGGCGGCCGGCGUGUGCGCCAAGGAGGGCGCCGACAAGCUCAAGUCGGGAGGCCAGGAGGAGGAAGACGUCGACAUGGCGGAAUGCGGAGAAGGCGGAGUCACCAACGGCUGCCCCGAGAACGCUUCCCCGGACGCCGCGGAACGCAUGGAAGGCGCAGGGUCUAAAGCGGUGAACGGAUCGAGUGACCACAGUGCUAACGAAGACAGCAGGCAGUCGGAAAAGAAUGCGUCCGACAUCGAGAUGAACAGUGGUGCAGGAGAGGACUCUUCCAAAGGGGACAAUGAACGUAAGGAGGAUGCCUUGGACAGUCAGCUGGAUUCCUCGCAGGCGGAUGGGGACGCAGUAAAGACUGAGUCGACGGAGGCGAGCGAGGAACUUCCGCUGCCCGACGACAAGCCCGUGGAAAAGGCGAAGGAGGCCAACUCUGGGGAGUCUACACCAUCGUCGACACCCCUGCGCAAGAAGAAAUCCAAGAAGGUGUCCAAGCUAUCCAUCAUGCAUGCCAUUGCGAGUCGGCUCUCGGGGCAGGCCAAGGUGGAGCCCAAGUCCGAAACGGAAUCUAAUCCUAAUGAGAGCACCCCGGAUGCAUCAGACGACAGGUUAUCACAAGAUGCAAAAGAAGCUGAAGAUGCUCCACCAGAGAGCCCAGCCAAGGGGGAAUCAUCUUCAUCGAAGAAAGCAGGCCAUACCUGUGCAGUCUGCUCUGCCGUGAAAGGACUCCGCUACCAAGUGCUGUACCAGGGCAAGACACAGUUCCUGUGUUCGGAUGUGUGCUUCAAGACCUUCAGGAACAAGCAAAAGCUGGCCCCCAAAAAGCCGCCGGAGAAGGACCACUGCACCGUCUGCCAGCAGGAGCUCCAGGAAGGCAUCGGGUUCUACCCACCCCUGGGCGGAGGCAAGCCUUUGUGUUCGCGCGAGUGCCUGGACAACUACCAUGAGGUGCACGGCCCGAAGCGAGCGUGCGCCCAGUGCCAGGUGGUGGUGGACGGCAAGGAGGGCCCCUUCCUGGUCUGGGAGACGAUGGAGUUCUGCGGAGAGGACUGCCUGCGGCGCUACCAGAGCGUGCUGGGCUCUCACUGUGCCCACUGCGUAGUGGCCGUCAACCAGCUGUCGCUGGGCAAGUACUGCGUGCGCUUCGGGGCAGACAUCCGCCAGUUCUGCUCCGGCAAGUGCCUCGAGGAGUUCAAGAGGGGCCUCAAGGUGUGCUGCCUGUGCCAGAAGGACCUGUCAAAGCAGGAGGAGGGGUUCUUGGCCCCUGUGGGUGACAAGGGCCUCUUCAAGGACUUCUGCAGCCAGCAGUGCAUGGAGCGCUACGAGCGCAUGAACGCCUUCAACGCCGCCAACCUCACUACCCACAAGUGUGUGUCGUGCAGCAAGGAAGCCACCACCAAGUACCAGGUGGAGUACAACGGCGAAUCCCAUCGGCUCUGCAGCGAAAUCUGUGUGUCCAGCUUUCGUUAUGCCAACAAGAUCAAGUCGUCUGUCUGUGAGAACUGCCACAAGCUGUUUGAAGGCAAAGACAACCAGGACUUUGUCCUGUACCACAAUAGUUCCUGCCAGCAGUUCUGCAGCAAGGGCUGCAUCAACCUGUUUGUGCUUGCCCACCGGAAGAUUGUCCCUUGCUCCUGGUGCAAAGUGAAGAAGUACAACUUCGACAUGGUGGAGCGGGUGGAGCCCGCCAACUCGCCAAGCCUGUCGCAGCUCUUCUGCUCCCUGAACUGCCUUAGCCUGUUCCGGGUGAACCAGAGCGCCUCAUCGUCGAGGGCCAUCCGCUGCGACAACUGCAGCAAGAUGCAGCCAGCCCAGUACCACCUGACCAUGAGUGACACCUCUAUCCGCAACUUCUGCAGCUACAAGUGCGUCCUCGCAUUCCAGAACCAGUUCACCAACCUGCCCACCCUCACCACCACCUCGCCCACCGUCAACACCUCCACCAUUGGUAAAAGUCCGGCUGCAGAGACCCCAGCCGGAACCCCAGUCAUCUCCAACAUCAGGUCAUUGGCACACGUUGCCGGAACAAAGAUGCCCGUCAUCCCAACCUCUAUGCAGCAGGCAUCGUCUGCGACGAUCGUGACUGCUAGCCCCCUCACAAAGAUGCUCACCACAUCGCCCAUUGCCAACACCAUCGCGGGUGCAGUGGCAGCAGCCACACGAACCCAGCUCACGACAUUGUCCGUCCCCAGCGCCGCUCUGGCGGCAUCCGCGACAGGCGCGAAGGAUGCCUCCGGGAACCGCGUGGAGAGGGAGGUGAUCAUUCAGCUGCCCUUCCCCAAGCUGCUGAGGAACAAGUCCAUGCAGUGUCGCCCCGUCAUGAUGACCAAGGGCAUCUCAUGUCGACCCCUGGCCUGCCACAAGGAGAUGCAGACAGAUGGCGACUACGCCGUGACAGAGGGCACGAGGGGCAUCAUACCCAUCCCGGUGCCCAUCUACGUCCCUGCCCCGCUGCACAUGUACUCCCACGUGGUGCCCUCUCCGCUGCCCAUUCCUAUACCCGUGCCCGUGCCCAUCUUCAUCCCCACCACCAAGGACACGACCGAGCAGAUACUGGAAGCACUCAAGCAGAUCAAGGAGCAAGUACAAAAUGACAACAAGUUUGACGAUGCACUGCUCAGCGUCGCAGAACUGUUGACUGGGACAUCACGAUCAAAGCGCAAGUCAUCUGAUGAAGGAGAAUCGUCGGAUCGAAACUGCGAAAAGAGGGCACUUUCAGAAGAAGCCGAGGAGCCCGAGCGACCCCGAAAAAAAAAGUGCACUUCAGACGAUGAGAGUGAGCCGGAGAGUCCCAAGGCAGAAGUCUCUAGAGAAAACUUUGACACACUCGAGCAAACCUUUGGGGUGAACUCAUGGUCCUGCUGGGUGCGUCAGAAGAACACGGAGCUGGAGCGGGGCUCCCAGUCGGGCUCGAGGAAGCUGAAGCUGUUCAAGACGGACCUGCUCAGCCUGACCCCCGAGGAGCUCAACUACUCUCUCUGCCUAUUCAUCAAGGAGGUGCGCAGGCAGGACGGAGAGCCCUACACCCCAUGCAGCGUCUACCUCCAGUGCCUCGGAAUCCAGCAGUUCUUGUUUGAAAAUGGACGGCACGACAACAUCUUCAGCGAUCCCCAGUAUGAGAUGUUCUCUGGCUGCCUGAAUGACGUCUUGCAGAAGGCGCAUGAUUCCAGUGCAGAUUCAAAUGAGCGCAUCAGCGAAGCGGUCCUGUGGGAUGCGAAGCAGCUCGGUGCCCACUCGCCCCUCGUGCUGCUGAACACGCUCAUGUACUUCAACAUCAGGGACUUCCACCUGCACACUGUGGAAGACCACCUGAAGCUCUCCUUUACCAAUGUGACGAAGCAGUGGCAGAAGGGCCCCAAGGCACAGUCCACCAGGAUCCUUAGGUGGACACCCGAUCCCGAAGGCGAGGAACAAGGCCGCAAGUUUAUGGACCAGCAGGAGAAUGUAGAGGACCCGCUCAGGUGUCCUGUCAAACUCUACGAGUUCUAUGUUUCGAAAUGCCCAGACUUGACCAAGUGUCGGCCGGACGUGUACUACAUGACCCCCGAUCGGCAGUGCCUCCCCGACAGCCCGACGUGGUACUCGUCGCUGCCCGUGGGCAAAGACACCAUGGCCAAGAUGCUGACGCGGUUCAGCAUGGUCAGGGAACUGCCAGACCUGGCCCGCACGCUCUUCCCGCACAGCUGAUGCGCCGUUUUUACAUUAUCAUUCCGCAAUCCCCAGUCUGGUCAUUUUCCAGCCGGGUUUGUACUCUCCCCCUCUGUCACUCGUGUCGCGCACCGCAGUCGCAUUGCCCGUACGGGAAUAAACUCUCGUAGAGAAGGGACUCCAACAGCAUGUGGUACAUUCAUUUAGUGCAUUUCUUUCCCUCGUGCAUGUGUUAGAAGAAUUUUGAUGGGCCCGCGUGAGAGACGAUGGUUCUGCUCUCGUUGAGUUGUUGGCUAUGUCUGCAAAGCGAUUGUUGGAACACCUGUAAAGAUGUGUUGCCCCCUGAGGAUCUAUAACAUCUAAUAUCACUUUUUUUUUUUUCUGGAUAUUGCAUUAAAAUUGUGUCUAUCUGCCAAUCAUGUUGUAUGGUUAAAUGUUUUGUUGAGCCGAUAGAAGUUUUUGAACCGUAUCGUCUUCCAUCUUUUUUAUAUCUCACUCAACCGACAUUCUACAAGCUAUGUUCAGUUGAAGUAAUUUGAUGGUGUCUUUAAACUUAAAAAAUUCCUCUUCGAAAAGCACAUUUUGAUCGAGGAGAUAUGUCUAGAGUAUUUGGUGGAACCAAAGUGCUGUGCUGGCGGGUAACCAAACUGGAAAGGUUUCUCAUGAGUCACGACAUCUGGUGGUGCUGGAUUGCGUUAUUAUAUUUCGCUGUUUACCUGUUGCUCCUGUAGGAGCUAAACCGACCGUUUUAUAUGGUUACUCCUUCAGUUCCUGAAUAUGUAGCCAGACCGUGUCAUUGUGAAAAUUCUGUUCAUUUUCACUGAAAGAUAGGUGCACAGAAACAAAUAAAAGUUCCACUUCUCAAUGUA